CUGCCGCGUUCCUGCAGCGCCAUGGAGCCCCGGGCGGUGGCGGAUGCGGUGGAGACGGGGGAGGAGGACGUGAUUGUGGACGCUCUGCGGACGUUCAACAGGGAGCACUCCCAGAGCUUCACGUUCGAUGAUGCCCAACGGGAGGACAGGAAGAGGCUGGCGGAGCUGCUGGUCUCGGUCCUGGAGCGGGGCUUGCCACCCUCCUGCCCGGUCACUUGGCUGCAGAGCAUCCGCAUACUGUCCCGGGACCGCAGCUGCCUGGACCCGUUCACCAGCCGCCGGAGCCUGCAGGCACUGGCCUGCUGUGCGGGUAUCUCCGCCGCCCAGGGGCCCGACCCCGAGCCCUCCGACAUGGAUGUUGUCCUCGAGUCCCUCAAGUGCCUGUGCAACCUCGUGCUCAGCAGCCCCGUGGCACAGGUGCUAGCGGCAGAGGCGCGCCUGGUGGUGAAGCUCGCGGAGCGCGUGCAGCUGUAUCGCAAGAGGAGCUUCCCGCACGACGUCCAGUUCUUCGACCUGCGGCUGCUCUUCCUGCUGACGGCGCUGCGCACCGACGUGCGCCAGCAACUGUUCCAGGAGCUGCACGGAGUGCGCCUGCUGACCGACACGCUGGAGCUGACGCUGGGGCUGACUCCCGACGAGAGCACCCCGGAGCGCCUUCCUCCCCAGGAGACGGAGCGCGCCAUGGAAAUCCUCAAAGUGCUCUUCAACAUCACGCUCGACUCCAUUAAGAGGGAGGUGGACGAGGAAGAUGCUUCCCUUUACCAGUACCUGGCGACCCUUCUGAGGCACUGUGUGAUGGUCACUGUUGCUGGAGAUCACACAGAGGAGUUCCAUGGCCACACAGUGAACCUCCUGGGGAACUUGCCCCUCAAGUGUCUGGACGUCCUCCUCACCCUGGAGCUGCAUGAAGGCUCCUUGGAAUUCAUGGGAGUGAACAUGGAUGUGAUUCAUGUCCUCCUCGCCUUCCUAGAAAAGCGUUUGCACCAGACACACAGGCUGAAGGAGAGCGUGGCCCCCGUGCUGAGCGUGCUGACAGAGUGUGCCCGUAUGCAUCGCCCAGCCAGGAAAUUCCUGAAGGCCCAGGUGCUGCCCCCGCUGCGGGAUGUGAGGACCCGGCCGGAGGUGGGGGAACUGCUGCGAAACAAGCUUGUCCGCCUCAUGACACACCUGGACACGGACGUGAAGAGGGUGGCCGCUGAGUUCCUGUUUGUCCUGUGCUCUGAGAGCGUGCCCCGAUUCAUCAAGUACACCGGCUACGGGAAUGCCGCCGGCCUCCUGGCUGCCAGGGGUCUCAUGGCGGGGGGCCGGCGUGAGGGCCAGUACUCAGAGGACGAGGACACGGACACAGAGGAGUACAAGGAAGCCAAGGCCAGCAUAAACCCGGUGACCGGGAGGGUGGAGGAGCAGCCGCCCAACCCCAUGGAGGGCAUGACGGAGGAGCAGCGGGAGCACGAGGCCAUGAAGCUGGUGAAUAUGUUCGACAAGCUCUCCAGGCACAGAGUCAUCCAGCCUAUGGGGAUGAGUCCCCGGGGUCACCUCACAUCCUUGCAGGAUGCCAUGUGCGAGACCAUGGAGGGGCAGCUCUCUUCGGACCCUGACUCAGACCCUGACUGAGGAUUGCAGCUCUUCAGCGCCAAUUCAGAACUGGUGCUGCUUCCAGAGGCGUCCCUGGGGCUGCAACCUGGGGAAGCCACGUCCCACUGGCCACACAUCUCAGUGCCCCUCUCUCCAGCUUGAAGACUCUUUCUCUUUACUCCCAGAGUUCUGUUCAUGGUUUGCCUCUGGUCCAAUUUUUUAUCUCUAGGACUGUGGUGGUGUCCUGCUGUACUUCUGAGAACUUAGUUUCUCUUAUCUGUGCCAACAGGAGUGUGUGCAGAGGCUGCUGCCCGAGGGCAUGCGCAGGGCAAGGGGCUGACAAGUGUGCACAGAUGCAGGCACGUCCAGGAUGGGCAUGCUGGCCCAGAGCCGGGGUGUUGGGACACGUGCUGUCUUCACAGGGGAAAUGAACCUGCCAGAGGUGUGCCGUUGUUCUGUCCCCACUGAGUGCAGAGCUGGUGGCCACUUCCACCUUCUCCUCGAUCCUGGCUCAGCUGCCCACUGCAGUAGUAUCCACAGCACCCGAGUUCUUACUGGUUGUGACAACUCAAUCUCAAGCCUUCCCACUGGCUUUGACUGUAAACACUUAACAUGAAGAAAAAUGCCCAUCAUGAGACCAUAAAUUAAGAUUUCUGUCAUGUACCACAAAUAGCCACAGAAACACCAUCUUAGAAUAAAGAAGAGGAAUUUCAGGCAAAACUGUGCCAAUAUACAUGUAAAAUACCAAGUGAAGAAAUGCUAAA